AUGACAAAAGUCAAGGCCGAGAUAGAUAUCUCGGCCUUGGGCAUCAAGGGCUUAAGGCCCAAGUACGCUGCCACCGGGGCCCUCCUGGUGGAGGUCCCUGGGGAGGGGGGUGCAGACAGGGCGGACAAAUUGGCCGCCCUGAUGCGCACUUGCCUCGAGGGCACGGGCGCCAAAGUGGCCAGGCCCACGAAACGCGUGGAGAUGCGCGUGUCGGGCCUGGCCGAUGGCACAAGGAGCGGCGAGGUCAUCGCCGCUCUUGUGGGAACGGGAGGAUGCCCCGAAGGGGAUCUGCGCGUCGGGGAGAUCCGACGUGCCCCCUCGGGACUUGGGACCGUCUGGUGCCAAGUCCCACUUGCGGCGGCCAGAAGACUGGCCGCUGCCUCGGAGGGGCGCAAGCUAUGCAUCGGGUGGAUGCUGGUCAGGGCGGAAGUCCUCAGCACCCGCCCGAUGCAGUGCUACCGCUGCCUGGAGAUCGGGCAUCCCAGGCAGCGGUGCACAAGCGCGGUGGACCGCAGCGAUAAGUGUUAUCGCUGCGGGGAAUGUGGCCACCGCGCGGCAACGUGCUCGGCCUCCCCUAAGUGUCCGUUGUGCACGGACCUGGGGAGGCCGAGCAACCACCGGCUGGGUGCACCCUCGUGUGCCCCAGCAAAAAAGGGGGUUAAAAGGGGGGGAGCUGGGGGAAGAGCCCAGGGGGAAAAGAAAGGGGCUGAGGGGAAAGCCUCGGCUGGGACAGAGCCUAAGUCCCAGCCGAGUUAG